AUGGAGAAGGGGCUCUUCAUUCUUCAAAAUCACUCUCUCUCUAAAAUCAGAAUCGACCUUCCUCAUUCUCCAAUUACUGAAGAAUCACCAUCAAAUCCUCUCAACUUUCUCUACUUCAUCAUCUUCAUCAAUUCUUCAUUUGGAUUGAAGAGUCGCCAAGAAGAAGACUGUGAAAAUCUUGCAAAUCCGCGUCAUAUUCAUCUUCUAACAAUCUGCAAGAACGCAACAAAUUCAACAAAAAUGAAUUCACAACCUUCAAGUUUCUUCAACCGCAUCACCAAUCUUCGACUUUCUUCUACAAUAACCGCUUCUGCACCGCUUCUUUGGCAUUGUUCUUCAUCAGCAUCACAACAUCACUACUCCUUUAUCAUCAUCAUUCACGACCUUCUUCGUCAACAACGCUCGCAUCCUCCAUCUUUGCAUCAAAAAUUCGAAACAACAACACAAAUUAACAUCAUCAACCUAGUGUAUCGUCAUCAAUCUGCAUCACGUUCGUAUCGUCAUCAUCGAUCGUAA